AUGCGUGAUCCUGACUACGUCAGGUUGGAUCCUCCAUUGAUCCCGGGGCUCCGCCGGAAGCAAAGACCGGAUAACUGGCCAGAAAAGACAGACAUUGUCUGGAAGAAAUUCGUUGCCCCACAGGAUGUUCUUGACAAAUCAAGUCCCGUCACAGCCUCAAAAGCUGGCAUUCUAAAUCUUCCUACGGAACUCGUACUACAAAUCUUCUCCCACACGAGCCAAGAGAGCGGCAUCUGCCUGGCUCUCACCUGCAAGAGCCUUCUCGUGGCUUCAACACUCGCCAAUCUCCAGCGGCCAACUUUGCCUCCGGAGAACCGAAUUCCCUUUUCGGAUUACGAGGGUGCAAUUCUCCAUCCCGGUCAUCGUCAUCCGGAGCAUCUCUCACGAAGAGCAGUGAUCACGUUUGCCUUCCUCGUCCACCCCCUUGAUGACAGACUGAGACGGUCACAAUCGAUUAAAUUCUGCCAAGAUUGCCUUCGCUAUCGGCCGACGGAACCUAGCUGGUGGGCAGGCAAGGGCGCACCAUGCCCCGGAAAGGUAGCAAUCGGAAGACACUGGGCGCUCGUUGUCGAGCAUUGGCAAUAUGGGCUGAUGCUUCAAUGCCCGGAGUGUUGGUAUUCCGAUCACAAGACAGGUUGUGAAGGAUGCCGGAAGAGAAAAGAUGGAGCAGUCAGAAAUGCUCCAGUAGAGAAUUUGGUGCACGGACAAGGGUCAUUGAGAUCUGAGCACAUACUCGCACGCAUAUAUCACAAAUUUACGAGAGCCAGUACAUAGAACGACCCAUGUAGCUUUUAAUCUGU